CCCCCUCCGGGACGCCGUCCCGCGAUUGGCUCUGCCGGCCCCGCCCGGGCUCGCAGUUGCAGGGCCGCCGCGCGGGGGGCAGUCCGCACCAACAUGGAGCUGGGGCUCGCGGGCCGCCGGGCGCUGGUCACCGGGGCGGGAAAGGGCAUCGGGCGCAGCACGGUCCAGGCGCUGCACUCGGCGGGUGCACAGGUGGUGGCAGUGAGCCGAACCCGGGCCGACCUGGACAGCCUGGUCCGCGAGGGCACCAGGUCCCAGACACCCUUCUUCGUGGGGCAGAGGCCCACUUGUGCCCCUUUGGGCGUGGAACCUCUGGUGGCUUUGCCCUCCACCCUCAAAUACACACAGUGCCCAGGUGUGGAGCCCGUGUGCGUGGACCUGGGCAACUGGGAGGCCACGGAGCAGGCGCUAGGCAGUGUGGGCCCCGUGGACCUGCUGGUGAACAAUGCCGCCGUGGCGCUGCUGCAGCCCUUCCUGGAGGUCACCAAGGAGGCGUGUGAUGCGUCCUUCGAUGUAAAUCUGCGGGCUGUCCUCCAGGUGUCCCAGAUCGUGGCCCGAGGCAUGGUUGCUCGGGGAGCCCCAGGGUCCAUCGUGAAUGUCUCCAGCCAGGCCUCCCAGCGAGCACUGACCCACCACAGCGUCUACUGUACCACCAAGAGUGCUGUGGACAUGCUGACCAAGGUGAUGGCUCUGGAGCUUGGGCCAUACAAGAUCCGUGUGAAUGCAGUGAACCCCACAGUGGUGAUGACACCCAUGGGCCAGGCCAACUGGAGUGACCCCCAGAAGGCCAAGACCAUGUUGGACCGAAUCCCACUUGGCAGGUUUGCUGAAGUGGACAAUGUGGUGGACACCAUCCUCUUCUUACUGAGUGACCGGAGCAGCAUGACCACCGGCUCUACCGUGCCAGUCGAUGGGGGCUUCCUGGUCACCUGAUCCCUCUACCCACACACCCUGCUGCUUGCUGAGCCCAGCCCUGCCAACCCCCAUCCCUCCAAUAAACAUGAUUCUUUGCCAGCAAGCGCA